CAUAAAUAGAUGGUUCAUCCUCAGUGUUAAAUUAGUUUCCAUCUACUUUUGAGGAAGAAGCAUCUUUUUAGCUUAAUUCUAAAAAUUACAAGUUUGAUUAAUACUUGAAUUACGAUGGUCUUAUUUCUUCCGUUGUUCUUUAAACUCGUUAUCGUAUGUGAGGUGAUACUCUACUUGAUUGUAGGUGCGAAAUUUUUCGUGUCGAAGGCUCUGCUGAUGAAAAAAGAAAAAUUUAGAAAUUUCAUUAGAGGAACGACGUCAACUACUCCACAAGCAAUCACAACGAAUGCUGUGACAACUAUACCUACGACAGAGAUAGUGCCAACAAAUGAAACAACGAUGACAACCGCUGCCCCUGCGUGUUUGGAUGCCCCGACUUGCACUAAUUCAUGUGGUGUUUGUAUGGAUGUCACGUCCAGUGGAGGUACGAUCCAAUCUCGUAACUUCCCCGACGAUUACGAUGGCUACGGCAAUGGGUUCGGACCCUUAGAUUGCAUUUUCGCCAUCGAUGUGUGCCCUGAAAAGAAAAUACAAUUGACAUUUACGCAAUUUGUCGUCGAGAGCUGUUGUGACACUGUUACUGUGUUCGAUGGGACAUUAACAGGUGGAACACUCUUACCUCCCACUACUGGUUACACUAUUCCUUCAUCUAGCUCCACUACAUCGAAAAAAAUGACGAUUACGUUCAAGACUGAUGGCAAUAAUAACGCUCUAUUUCCUGAAUCGUUGAGACCAGGAAAAUGGCAGGCGACAUUCACCGUUGUAUGAAAUACUUGCCUUCGUAACACCCAUGACCUUGAUGAAGUAAUACAUGGUCUGGCUAUAA